CCUGGGUGACGCGGACGCGGUUGAGGCAGUUGAGCGCGCAUGCGCACUCCCCCCGUGGCCCUCCCUCACACCCCUCCGUGCGGCGGCCCCCUUUUAAACAACGCCAUAGGGAAGGGGAAAGAUGCAGCGAGUAUUUACCCUGUCUGAAAGGGAUGCACCUAGUUCACCUGUGCAAUUUGCUUGGCAAAAAACUGUAGGAAACUACAUUGCUGUUGCAGGACACAAUCACACUGUAAAAAUCUUCGAUCGCCAUGGUCAAAAGAAAAAUGAAAUUAUUUUACCAGGCAACUGCAUUGCUAUGGACUGGGAUCAAGAUGGUGAUACCUUAGCAAUAAUUGCUGAUAAGGCCAUUUGCAUUUAUCUGUGGGAUGCCAACACAAACAAAAUCAGCCUGAUAGACACUAGCAUGAGGGAACCAAUGUCUUUCUUACGUUGGUCGAAAGCCGAACCCUUACUUGCUGCUGGAACAGCUAAGGGAAAUGUACUAAUAUAUAACCGCCAAACUUCUCGCAAAAUUCCUAUCCUUGGUAAGCACACCAAACGGAUUACAUGUGGUUGUUGGAGCGGUGGGAAAUUCAUAGCAUUAGGCGGUGAGGACAAACUGGUAACAAUUAGCAACCACGAAGGAGAUACAAUCAGAGUGACAACAGUGAGAGGAGAACCCAGUGAUAUGGAGUUUAUAGUAAUGAAAACUGAUGAUAGAACAGGAGGAAAUGAGACCACAGUAUGCAUUGUCGUUGCUCAGAAAACCUUGUAUAUUUAUAAUUUCAGAGAUCCAGAGAACCCAAUUGAACUGGCGUUUCAGCCACGCUACGGGAACAUUGUCUCUUAUAAAUGGUAUGGUGAUAAUUACAUCAUGAUAGGGUUCUCGCUUGGCUGUUUUGUGGUGAUUUCUACACACGUUCGAGAGAUUGGCCAUGAGAUCUUUCAGGCAUAUGAUCAUAAAGAUAACCUGACUAGCAUUGCAAUAUCACAGUCACUAAACAAAGUUGCAUCAUGUGGAGAUAACUGCAUCAAGAUUCAUGACUUGUCAGAUUUGAAUGAAAUGUAUGCAAUAAUAAACUUGGAGGAUGAAAAUAAAGGUCUAGAUCAGUUGUCAUGGACAGACGAUGGACAGUUGCUGGCAGUGUCUACGAAGAAAGGGACUAUCCAUGUCUUCUUGACAAAACUUCCCAUUCUUGGAGACUCAUACAGCACACGGAUCGCGUACCUCACCUCGCUUCUUGAAGUGACAGUUGCCAACCACAUUGAAAGUGAGCUACCAAUUACAGUUUCUGUGGAAGUUGAGCCCAACUUUGUGGCUAUUGGCCAUUAUCACUUGGCUGUUGGCAUGAAUAAUCGGGCAUGGUUUUAUGUUCUUGGAGAGAGCAGUGUAAAAAAGCUCAAGGACAUGGAAUAUCUUGGAACAGUAGCCAGUAUGUGCCUUAAUUCUGACUAUGCUGCUGCACGUUUUGAGGGUAAAGUUCAGUUGCAUAUGAUAGAAAGUGAACGCUCCAAUACCCAGGAAGAACGGGAAACUAGACUCUUCCCAGAUACAGAUGAUAAAAAUAAAAUUUUGUGCCAUGCUUUAACCAAUGAUUUCCUCAUCUAUGGUACUGAUACUGGUGCUAUUCAGUAUUUCUACAUUGAAGAUUGGCAGUUUGUGAAUGAGUACCGCCAUUCCGUCAGUGUGAGAAACAUCUUCCCAGAUCCCAAUGGGUCUAGAUUAGUUUUCAUUGAUGACAAAAGUGAUGGAUUUGUUUACUGUCCGGUAACUGAUAUUGCCUUUGAGAUCCCAAAUUUCCAGCCAACCAUCAAGGGUAUUCUGUGGGAAAAUUGGCCAAUGGACAAAGGUGUCUUUGUUGCUUACGAUGACGACAAAAUAUACACAUACAUUUUUCACAAGGAUACUAUACAAGGGUCCAAAGUAAUUUUGGCCGGAGGCACCAAAGUUCCUUAUUCUCACAAGCCAUUGCUACUAUAUAACGGAGAAUUAACUUGUCAGACUCAAAGUGGGAAAACCAACAGUAUCUUCCUUAGUACACAUGGCUUCCUUGGCCCAUUGAAUGACUUGGAACGUAAUGAGCUGAAACAAGUGCUUAUACAGACUUUAAUACUAAAAAGGUUUUCUGAGGCUUGGGAGGUGUGCAAACUUCUGAAUGAUCAUUCAAGUUGGAACGAGCUUGCCAGAGCUUGCUUACACCACAUGGAGUUGGAGUUUGCGACACGUGUUUACCGGACAAUCAGAAAUGUGGGAAUGGUCAUGUCAUUAGAGCAAAUAAAGGGCAUAGAAGACCACAACCUUCUAGCGGGGCAUCUUGCCAUGUAUACAAAUAACUUUAAUUUGGCUCAGGAUUUAUAUUUGGCAUCUUCUUGCCCAAUUGCCGCACUUGAGAUGAGGAGAGAUCUACAGCACUGGGAUAAUGCACUUCAGCUAGCUAAACGCUUGGCACCAGAUAACAUCCCCUUAUUAUCGAAGGAGUAUGCUGUGCAGCUGGAAUUCACGGGUGAUUAUGUGAAUGCUUUGGCCCAUUAUGAGAAAGGGAUUACAGGCGAUAGUAAGUUCCAAGAGCAUGAUGAGGCCUGCCUAGCUGGAGUUGCCCAAAUGUCCAUUCGCAUGGGUGACAUUCGCCGGGGUGUUAACCAAGCCAUCAAACAUCCGAGCAGGAUGUUGAAAAGAGACUGCGGAGCUAUUCUGGAGAGCAUGAAGCAAUUUUCAGAAGCUGCUCAGCUCUAUGAAAAAGGGCAGUAUUACGAUAAAGCAGCAUCGGUAUAUAUCCGGUGCAAAAACUGGGCAAAGGUUGGUGAGCUUCUCCCUCACGUAUCUUCUCAAAAGAUACAUCUUCAAUAUGCCAAAGCAAAGGAGGCAGAUGGCAGAUACAAAGAAGCUGUCUUGGCCUACGCAAAUGCCAAGCAGUGGGACAGCGUCAUCCGGCUAUAUUUGGAUCACCUUAAUAACCCAGAGAAGGCUGUUAGCAUUGUCAGGGAGACGCAGUCACUUGAGGGAGCCAAGAUGGUAGCCAGAUUCUUUCUGCAAUUGGGUGACUAUGGUUCUGCCAUCCAGUUUUUGGUGAUGUCCAAGUGUAACAACGAAGCUUUCUCGCUGGCCCAGCAGCACAAUAAGAUGGAGAUCUAUGCUGAUAUAAUUAGUUCUGAGGACACCACUAAUGAAGAUUACCAAAGCAUUGCCUUAUAUUUUGAAGGAGAGAAGAAACAUUUUCAGGCGGGCAGAUUCUUUCUUCUGUGUGGUCAAUAUGCACGGGCAUUAAAGCACUUUCUGAAAAAUCCAAAUGCGGAUGAUACUAUGGCUAUAGAAAUGGCAAUAGAAACGGUAGGACAGGCGAAAGAUGAAGCUUUGACCAAUCAGCUUAUAAAUCACCUUAUGGGAGAGAGUGAUGGAAUACCAAAGGAAGCCAAGUAUCUGUUUCGGCUGUACAUGGCACUAAAGCAAUACCGAGAAGCUGCCCGGACGGCCAUAAUAAUUGCCAGAGAAGAGCAGUGUGCAGGGAAUUACCGAAAUGCCCAUGAUGUUCUCUUCAGUAUGUAUUCGGAGCUGAAAACCCAGAAAAUCAAAAUACCAUCUGAGAUGGCUACAAACCUUAUGAUUCUACACAGCUAUAUUUUAGUAAAGAUUCACGUUAAAUGUGGCGACCAUUUGAAGGGAGCACGUAUGCUCAUUCGCGUGGCCAACAACAUCAGCAAAUUUCCAUCCCACAUUGUGCCCAUCCUGACUUCGACAGUCAUUGAAUGUCACAGAGCAGGACUGAAGAAGUCAGCAUUUGGUUUUGCUGCAAUGUUGAUGAGACCAGAGUACCGUAAUAAAAUUGAUCUGAAAUACAAAAAGAAGAUUGAAGCCAUGGUUAGACGACCUGACACAGCCGAAGCGGAAGAGCCCACCACCCCAUGUCCCUACUGUGAAUUCUUGCUGCCUGAAAGUGAGCUUCUCUGCCCUGGCUGUAAAAACAACCUCCCAUACUGUAUUGCCACAGGACGACAUAUGGUAAAAGAUGACUGGACUGUGUGCCCCCACUGUGACUUCCCCGCCCUGUAUUCAGCAUUCAGAAACUUGUUACAGUAUGAAAGCACAUGUCCCAUGUGUUCAGAAAAAGUUGAGAUUAUGAGCCUUAAGAAAACUGCUGACUGUACACCAUACCUCAAGCCUGAAGUGGAGCAAUGAUUAUAGUCAGGAGAUAGUGGCCAGCCAAAUGCUGCAACGCUGGAGGAUGCUUCAAAACUUUAAGCCCAGUUGGUAUGGCUAUGCUUGAAAUUAUUUUAUAGUUUAUCAGAUCUGUGAAACUGUAAAUAUUUCUUUUAUAGAAAUUUUGUACUAUGGCCUUUUUGGUUUACAAUAAAUUUUAAAUGCUAAAAAUUAAGUCUUAAA